GUAAAUUCGUAAAUCUCAAUCGAACAGCAACGGGACUCCGUACUCACACUGAAAGCUACAACGUCGUACUUAACAACUGAAGCUGCCAGUGUCGUGUCGGAAGAUCAAUCCGUGUGCUGUUCCGUUCAAGAUCUAUUAAAUCUUUUCAUAAAUAAAACAGGGCUUCUGUUCUGUUCUGUUGUUGGGUUUGAAAUUCUGUUUAGAUGCGGCUUUUACACUUGGCUUUUGCGUUUGCAUUAGCUUCUGGCCUCGCUGCUCUUCUCAUUUACAUCAUUGGCGUCUCUCAUUUAAAUGAGACAUUAGAAUUGUGGGAGGAAGAUUUGGAAGCGUUGCGAACGUUGCAGACUGGGUUUCGGAAGUGUGUGGGGGCAAAUGGAUUAGGAUUGGAAGCUGUGAGUGGCAAGGAUUAUUGUGAAGUUACGAUACAGUUUCCUGCUGAUACCAUUCCAAAAUGGAAAGAUCCAAAAACAGGAGAACUUGAAGGCUUAUCAUACAGUUUCAACUUAUGCGAAGCGGUGGCUACAUGGGAGCAGGUUCGGAAUAGUACCACAAUACUUACCAAAGAGUUUAUUGAUGCUCUGCCCCAUGGCUGGGAGGAAUACGCCUGGAGAAGGAUUAAUAAGGGAGUAUUACUAAAUCGAUGCAAAAACAAGAUUCUGUGCGUGGAGAAACUUUCUUUGGUGCUUCCUGAAACACCACCCUAUCUUCCACAUCAGUUUGACCGCUGUGCUGUUAUUGGCAAUUCUGGAGAUCUUCUGAAAACCCGAUUCGGCGAUGAGAUAGAUAGUUAUGAUGCUGUUCUCAGGGAAAAUGGUGCACCAAUCCAGAACUUCACAGAAUUUGUGGGGAAAAAAAGUACAUUUCGUCUUCUUAAUAGAGGUUCUGCUAAAGCUCUGGAUAAAGUUGCAGAACUAUAUGAAACAGGAAAGGAGGUUUUGCUCGUUAAGACGACGAUACAUGAUAUCAUGAGCAAAAUGAUUCAGGAAAUCCCAAUACUCAAUCCUGUGUAUCUUAUGUUGGGUGCAUCUUUUGGUUCUGCAGCAAAGGGAACUGGACUCAAGGCUCUCGAAUUUGCUCUCUCUAUUUGUGACACUGUUGACAUGUAUGGUUUUACUGUGGAUCCAGGUUACAAAGAAUGGACUAGAUAUUUCUCAGAGUCUCGACAAGGUCAUACCCCUCUGCAUGGUAGAGCUUACUACCAGAUGAUGGAGUGCUUGGGACUUAUAAAGAUUCAUUCUCCAAUGCGAGCUGAUCCCAAGCGUAUUGUGAAGUGGUUACCUAGCCGAAGCACAGUUGUUGCUGCCAAAACGGCAUCAGACAAGUUGUUGGGGAGGGUAGGAGCAGGAUCUAAGAAUCCAUUGGCUGCUUGUUCAAUCACGAAGAAACAAAUGAAAAGGAAACCUGAAAGCAUGUUUAGCCUUAGAAAAGAAGCUGUGGAACAUCAAAAGUAUGUAAAUGGUGCAACCAUGUACCCUCUGGAACAUAAUCCCGGGCAUGGCCACCUCUGCACGGUGCCCUAACACAGGUGUUCUGAUCUUUGUGAGAAGGGUUCAUACACAGGUUCAAAUCCUUUGGAAACCAGUGUAGACGGAAACAGGCUUCUAAAAUUGAUAAUUUUGUUUUCAAAGCUCUAAUAUAUAUUGAAGUUUCGCACCCUGCUGAUCCAGAGCUAGUGCAUAUAUGAGGAUGUAAAUUGAAGUGAGGACCUCUAAUUGGUCUGGUGUAACUUUUUUGGAUUAGACUGUUAGUUUAGUUAUUACCGGGUCGAUGAUCUAUUUCACAUCUCAGCUUUGGUUGGUUGCAAAAACCCUUUUUUCUUAUACAAGAAUUUUAAACUGUUAGACUUAUUUGUAUGUGCAGAUAAAGGAUUUUUUUAUUCAAGAAAUUUGAAUGUCAAGGCUAAUUUGCGUUA